AUGAAAUAGCUUUAGUUUCACUAAUAGUUAAUUGAAAUAUGUUCUUAGAAGUUGUUAGUUAGUUAGCAAAUUCGUAAAUAGAAACACAGAAAAUCAAAAUAGUUUCAAUAAAAAUUAUUAUGUUUAUUAAAUAUAAAAAAAGGCAUUUUUAAAAAUAACAACUAAAUUAACAUUUAAAAAUAUUUUUUAUCAAAUUCAAAAGCACAUUAAAAUGUUUUUUAGCUUUGA